AUGUCACAGCCACCACCCCUCGCUGACAAUCUUCCCCUCCAGCCAUCUCAAAACCCUGCGGCAGUCCCGUCCAUCCCUCGACUCCUCUACGGCACAGCCUGGAAGCAGGGCCGGACGACGCCCCUCGUCCUCGCCGCCCUCCGCUCCGGCUUCCGCGCCUUCGACACAGCCGCCCAACCUCUCCACUACCGCGAAGACCUCGUCGGCGCCGCCCUCCAGCAGCACCUCGCCAGCCCCUCGGCGGCGGGGGCGGGGGCGACGGCGACGGCAGGCGACCCAGUCCCGCGCAAGCCCAUCUUCGUCCAGACAAAGUUCAGCCCCAACCAGGCCACGACGGGCGACGACCUCGACCCGCCGGUGCCGUACCCCGUCGACGCGCCCCUCGAGCGCCAGGUCGACGCCUCGCUCGCCUCGUCCCUCGCCCACCUCGGCGCCGACCACCCCCGCGCCGCCCACCGCCUCGGCGUUUCCAACGUCACGCUGCCGCAGCUCGAGGCCAUCUGCGCCGCCGCCGUCGUGCCCCCCGCCGUCGUCCAGAACCGCUUCCGCGCCCCCUUUGACGCCGCCGUGCGCGCCUUUUGCCGCGAGCGCGGCAUCGUCUACCAGGCCUUCUGGACGCUGACCGCCAACGCCGCCCUCGUCGGCAGCGAUUUCGUCGGCGGCGUCGCGGAUGCCGCCCGCGUCAGCCGCGAGGUCGUCUUCUACGGUCUCGUCAUGGCCCUCGGCGCCUGCGUGCUCGACGGCACCACGAGGGAGGAGGAGAUGAGGGCCGAUCUCGAGGGGGUCGAGACGCUGAGCCGCUGGGCCGACGGGGAUGGGAGAGAGCUCUGGGAGGUGGCUGUCGGCGCCUUCAAGAAGAAGGUGGGCGAUGAGGUUUGA